UCCGAAGCAGUCAUGACAUUGAUAUCUUUCCAACGUUCGUGAGCUUCGCUCGGUCCUUGCCAUCCACCGAAGAUGCUUUAAUCACCUUUGCCCGGUCCUUGGCAUCACUGUCGUCCUCUUCGUCUUGGCGACCAUUCCCUCUUCUUGCCAUUGUGACGAAGCUGUCCUGCAAAGAGAAGAAGAAUACUUCCAAUCCGAAGCCAUUCAAGGUGCGUUCAACUUCGUAUCCGGAGUCCGGAGCCAUUCAAGGUGCAAGAGCUGCUACUGGCUGUACUGUAUCCAAGAGCUGGUAUUUGACAAUUCUCCAUCCCACUCCCACCUACCCACGCCCGCCCACAGGGCCAGUGGGCCACGGCCCACGGGACGCCGGCGACGCCAAUACGGGAUGGCCUCGCCGGAACUGCCCGGCGCCAAGCGUAACAACGUCCUGGUGCCGCCGUCCCCGCUUUUGCGCCUCAACGAUGACCUCCUCGCCGAUAUUUUCCUCCGCCUGCCCACCCUCGCCGAUGUAGGGCGCGCCGCCACCACCUGCGCCUCCUUCCGCCGCGUCGUCGCCGACAGCACCUUCCUGCGCCGCCUCCGCUCCGUCCACCCGGCGCCCCUCCUCGGCUUACUGCUCUUCUCAUCAGUCCACCCGGCGGAGCCGCCCCACCCCUCCGCGCCCUAUGCGCGAGCUCUGCAGAGGGCCGCAGACCUCUCCUUCUCCUUCGUCCCCUGCGCCGGCCGCUGGAUCCCGAUCGACGCCCGCGACGGCCGCGUCCUCCUGGAGAGCGAGACCAUGGGCGGCGACUUUGCGGUGUGCGACCCUGUGUCCCGGCGAUACCUCUUUCUGCCCCGUAUCCCCGGACACCCAGCCGCUCAGCGCUGCCGCCGUCUGGAGCCGUUCCUCGUUCCCGCCAGUAACGAGGAGCCGGAGACGUCGCUGAGGGUGGUCUGCGUGGCAGAGCGCAAACCUGGACAGCUGGUCGCCUUCGUCUUCUCUUCGGACACCGGGCGAUGGGGAAGUCUGACCGUGGAUGUCAGCGUGCCUCCCUCUUGCAAAUUUUCGUGGUCCUCCUACGGUUUCGGCAGCUGCUACUGGAAGGUGACUGGGAGUAACAAACUCCUUGGGCUCGACACGCGUUCCAUGGUGUUCUCCUCUUUCGAUAUCCCGUCUGGUUACGGCCAGCAAGAUUCUGUCGUUGUGGAGGCAGCGGAAGGCAGAUUCAGAAUGUUCACUCUCCACAACAGCAUGAUUUCUGCUGCAUCUUACCUGGUUCAUGCUGUUCGGGUAAUCCGCGAAGAAGGCAACAACCUUUGGCAGGUUAAGAGGAGAGUCAGGUUGCCGUCCCAAUAUAUUUUCAGCUUUGCAGAUGCAACGGAUAAGCACUUACUCCUUCGUGGGAUUCCAUGGAAUUUGCACCUGGAGCCUUCUACUCCUGGCGCUGAUAUAGGAUACUUCUCUGUUGAGUUCGAGUCUAUGCAGGUUGAGAAAAUUUGUGGCAUCAGGAAUCUUCUAUACGCCAAACUGUACACUGGUUUUCCACCGUCAUUGUCCCUACCAAGCAUAUGAAAUGGUGGCUUCACAACGUGAAUGAACUAUGCUGGCUAUUGACUUCAAUCUGGUGGUUUGGAAAGGAAGCAAAGGAUUCAUGUAUGAACUACUUCCAGGGCAGGGUCACUAAGGAGUAAAAGGACUUGAGGACUGAUGAGCAGUUGGAUGAUCUGUUUUUCAGUCUUUUAGGACAUGUUUGGAUGCAGCCCUGGCCUGGACCGCCUGCUGGCUUAGGCAGCUUUCCCGUGCCGCCAUCCAAACAUGCCCGCCCUUAUUUUGUCGUCGUACCAAUAUUUCGAUGUGAUUCUGCAUCCGCAUCUGCCAGAGUGCUGUUGCAACGUUGCAUCCUAUCCUGGAAGGCUGGAAUGUUUAUUUGGUGCUCGGCAUCUCUCUGAACUUCAUGUUUCCCCGGCGUACCAUGCUAGUGUUUUUCAAUGGAGCCAUUAUUGCACUUCGCUGUGCUAAUACGUGCCUCAAUUACUGUUACUCGUUAUUUGCUAUUCGGAUGGUUCAUGUAACAAAUGUGGAUUGAGCAAUCUGGUGCAUCCAAUCAAAAUCCAACGGUGACCUUCAUCCUGAAAUGAGAUAGUGAUGUAUAUUUUUCAACAAAGCAAAUGUUCAACGAGUAUUGUACCUGCCUGGAGCAGGAUCUGCGUACCUCACUGGUCACCGGAUCUCGGAGACAACGCACGCAACCGAGCCUGCAGUGCACUGCUCCAUAUAUCAGUGCAGGUGCAGUACCAAAAACAUCAGACAGUACUAGCAACUGUAUCGCUUGUCAUGUACGUGCAGUAUGACCGCAUCUGACUUCAAUUCUUCGUGCGUGCCUGUGCCUUGGCUGGCUCCAGUCUGAAGUCUGACACAGUGACACUUCAUCGGCAGUUACACUGAUGUCAAACAGGCUAGGACUCUGCAGCCUCUCACGUUUCCGUUUCAGUAGUGCUAACUUGACAAGUUGACAUGCAUUUCGUUGUAGUAGAAACAGUAUCGCCUGUACCAAGCACUAUUUAUUCUGGACAUACUAUUUUUUUCAUUUUUU